UCUAAAAUUAUUUCAUUGUUAAUUAUUCUUAUUAUUAAUCUUUAAUUGAUGAAGAAAUUUGUAGGAGAAAUUUCUACAUAAGUGAUGGGGAAAUUUGAGAAGUGAUGAUGCCUAAAAAACUAUGAAAGUGAUGGAGAAAUUUGAGUAGUAGUAGUUACCCAAUUUUCAAUCAUCCUUUAAAACUGCAUGCUAUGUGUUUGUGAUAUUGUCUCUGUUAAUAAUAAGUCCAAUGCUAUAAAUUUUUAAACACAUUUGUCAAUUUGAGUUUGUGAUUUGUGUUGGUUGUUGUUUAAUGUGUUCAUACUCUUAUGUUUGAAAUAAUGGAGUUAUUUUUGACAUUGUAUAUGUUAAUAAUAAGUCUAAUGAUAUAAAUUUUUAAAUACAUUUGUUAAUUUGAGUUUGUGAUUUGUUUUGGUUGUUGCUUAAUGUGUUCAUACUCUUAUACUCUUAUGUUUGAAAUAAUGGAGUUAUUUUAUGCAAUUAUAUUGCUUUGCUGGGUAGCUUAAAUUUAAAAGUUAUAGUUGUGAUUAUGAGUUACUUAAAACUUAAAAGUAUAUCAGUUUUUUAUGCAGAUAGAAUGAUAAACACUACUUCAAUUUAGAUCUAUUAUUGUGAUGUCUCAAAUUCGAAGUUGGGGCUCUUCAAAUCAAAUCUGGUCUACUGCUACUACUGACUCCACCGUAUCAAUUCAUCACUACUCACUUAGUAGGGAUAAGGAAGGAAGACCAGUUUGUGACCAUCUUUUUGAGGUUUUCAAAGACAAGGUUUUGUAUAAGAAGACAUUUGGAACACAGGAGAUAUGUGAACUUUUUUUGAGGUGGAGAAUUCAGUUGAUGGAAAUUGCUGUUAAAAAGUUGUGUUUUAGAGGAUGGGUUGAUUCAACUAUUCAGGUUUUGGAUUUAAAGAAUUCACCAAUUCAAGGAAUGAAAGAGCUUAGUGCACUCAGCAAAAAUGCUCUUAUAUUGUUUCAGAAUUAUUAUCCUGAGAUUGUUUACAAAAAUAUUGUAGUAAAUGCACCAUUUUGGUUCUACACUUCACAAGUUUUAUUCUCAAGGUCUAUGAACCAGAGAAAUAAAAAGAAGUUCAUCUUGGCAAGACCACAAAAGGUUACACGAAUUCUUCUCAAGUAUAUAGCCCCAGAACAUCUUCCAGCUGAAUAUGGUGGUCUAAGGAGGAUUAGUGACCAAGAUUUUUCCCCUGAUGAUAAGGUUUUGGAGCUUAAAAUCAAAGCAAAUUCUCCACACCAUAAUCUUCUGUAACAUAUAAAUUAUUUGCUACAAUAAUUUGUUUUUUCUUUAUUGAUUUUAUUUAUUGGCGCUUUGUAGUUAGCUAUAAGUCUAUAACAAUAGGAAAAUGAUACAAAUUCAAAGAAAUUAAAUAAAUUUUGCUAACGAGUGUUUAUAAAUU